AUGUUAUUAAAAGAAUACGCGAAAAAUGGUUCUGAAAUCGGAAGAUGGCUUAAAUACUUGUUUGGUUUACCUUAUUCAAACUCUUAUGAAGUCCCAGACGCAUUUACUGAAAUAAUUUCAAUAGCUCCUUGUAAUAUAAGUACGGGUUUUACAGACUAUAUAUUAAAAAACUAUAUUGAUUUCGAUGCUGAUUUUGGGCCAGUAUUAUGGGUUAGUGAACCAGACAAUAGCCCAAGAACAACGAACGGGGUUGAAAACUUUCACAUGCACUUCAAUAGUCAAUUUUAUACCUCCCACCCUCACAUUCACCAAAUUAUUCAAAUAUUAAUGAAAAUUCAAGUUGAUACUGAUUUAAAAAUAAAUUCAUUCAAAAAUAAAUAAAGAAAAUACCCGUGGAAUAGAAGUAUUAAAAAACAAAAUUAUAUUCCGAUUACAAAUCCAAAAAAAUUGAUCUUUUAACAUUUUUAAUGCAAACGUGUAGCUAACAAAUAAAUAUUAAAUAUGUAUUUAAAAAUUAAUUAAAUAAUGUUUUGAUAAGAAAAAUGAUUGUAAUUAUAAUUUGUGCAAUUUGUAAAUUUUAAUGACAUUUUUGUAAAAAUAAUUGUACCCAACUAAAAGCAACGCCUGAUAAUGAAAAUUUAAUCAUCAGUACCACAUUGGAUCAAAGUACGAAUAGCAAUUUUUUUUUUUAUUUUUUUCUUCAACAUCCUUCAACAACAACUGAUCCUGAUGAUAUUUUCGAAGAAAAUUGUAUUACUAGUGAAAAUGAAGAUAUUUCUGAAAUACCAUUUAUAAAAGAUAUAGGCAAAAAAUCUGCUCUGAAUGGUUGUUACGCAUUUUAUUUAAUUAUUUCAACAUAAUAAUUUAACUAUUAGUUUCUUGUAACAGAAUACAAAUAAUAAUUUUUUUAUUUUUAGAUAAUUCAGAUGAUUUUUUUUGAAAAAAAUUAUAUUUUUGGUGAGAAUGAAGAUAUUUCUGAUAUACCAUUAGCAAAACAUGUAGAUAAGAAAUCUGCUCUAAAUGGUAAACAUUAUCUUUGAUAAUUCAACAUAAUUACAUAAUAAUUUGUAUUAAUCUAAGAUAAAAAAAAUAAGACUUAUUUUAUCUUCAUAAAUAGCAUGUACAUUUUUAUCGAAAUUAUUGCUUUACACAAUUUUUCUCCUUUAAUAUAAAAAAGACGGGCGGAUACAGGUUUGGAUGUAGCCACCAUUGUAGGUGAAAAGUUGGAAAGGUACAAUACAUACGGUUAUUUAAUUACCACGUCUACAAACACACUAUAAGUUUUCUUGCCAAGCACCAAUUAUAGAAAAUUUAAUUUCAGAAAAGUUGUAACAGUGGAUCUUACUUUUAACUAAAAUAUCUAGGAGAAAAAAUGUUGACAGAACAAAAGAAAAAGAAAUAAACAUCAUUAAAAAUCCGAUACAUUCUUUGCUAUGCUCAGAAUCUAAAAUUAUACUGGUUACUUAUUGUGGUUAUGGUUUAAAUAAAUAAAUAAAUGAAACUUAAUUCCAUAAAAGUACAAUUUUUUUAUAGAAUUGACUUUGUUUAUUUACUCUCCUUGAAAUUUAGUAUUUUAUUUAAUAAUUUCAGUAUUCUGUUGUGAAAAAAUUGAUCAACUAAAAUCUCUGAUCGAUAAAAGAUCUAAAAAUGACAAUCAAAUUAUGACUCAAUUAAUGAUGCUUAAUGGAUCUAACACCAGAAUUACAACAGCCCUUCAACGUUUAGAUAAUAAAGUGCAUAAAAUAAUGACAGCUGGUAUCAGAAUAUGUACGUUAGCAAUACCAGCACCAUCAAUUCCAUCACCAUUUAUCGAUUUCUUGUCUAUAAAAUGUGAAGAAGAUAUUUCUAUAAUAAAAGAAUUAUUAACACCGACUGCAGAAAAUAAUGCUUUACAGUAA